CUUUUAGUUUUGUUGCGAAAGCUAACAAAAACAUUUUUUUUUUUUAUAGACUUCUUCUGAUUUUCUCAUACCAAGGACACCUUUCCAGGAAGUUAUUUAGCCAGUGGAGUCCAGUCCAGCAUGUCAUGUUUACAAACCCUCAUAGCCUCUGGCGUUUCGAUGCUGAUAUGACAGAGUAAAAUGGAUGAUAAGGAUCUCACACAUUUCAAGCUAUUUGUCAAACAAAAACUUUAGAAACUAGCAUAAGCCUCGGGAGAAAUAGAUUUUAAAGAUUAAAGAAAAAAAAAAAAGACAAUGUUAUAGAGAUAUACUUUUGAAUUUCUAGUACAAUCCUGACAUAACGCUGAUGGAAAUCUAGGGAUAAUAAAACAUAGGAAUCCACUGGUUGAAUCUGUAACAACUAGCUGUGUUCUAAACCCUUACAGAGAGUAGCGGACAGGAAGUAAUGCAAUGCAAAACCAGGACCAAGCACAAGUGAACUGACUAGCUGCUUAUUGCCCCAAAUGUGGAAGUACAUGUGUUUAUCACACAUACAGCUGACUCAGUCCUUACAGGACAAAUAUGAAUCGAUUUGAUUUUCAAUUUUAUUUCGGACUUUGUCUAGGCUAUUUUAAGACAACAACACCUAUUCUGUUGGAGCUCUGGCUGUAUGUUUGGGUUUGGUGAUCUAUCCAACUCUGUUGAGGACAGUUUCCUUGUACGAUUGCCCUGUUCAUCUUCCCAUCAACCCAGACCAGCUUCCCUGUCUCUGAUACAGAAAAUCAUCCCCACAGUGUGAUGAUGCCACCACCAAAUUUUAAUAACGGGGGACGUGUACUCGGGGUCCUCUGUAGUAUUUUGCAGUUUUCCACUACACAGAGCUUCUUACGUAUGGCAAUAUGGCAAUUCUGGUGUCAUCUGACCAAAACAGUCUUGAAUCAUUCUGGAAGGCACUACAACCCGGGUCAUGGCAUUUAGAAAGAAAAUCAAGAAAACAGUGUUUUAGGAAGUUACAAAGCCACAAUUUAUCUAAGCUGCAUAGCAGCAUGAUGCUUUUAAGUGUCUGUAUGCAGUUGUUCUUCAAGAAUUGCAUUUUAUUUUAGAGCCUAUUAGAGUUCACCUUCGGGAAACUAGACUUGCUCUGAAAUAUGUUCACUUCCUUUAAUAACUUGGAAUACGAGUUACUUUACGUCACACUUUCAGUCACUGUUCAUGAGUUACUUUUGCUCUCCGAGCAAUGAUUAAGCUAAUCUUGUUGGUCAAGUUUAAAUGGACACAGACAUGUGAAGGGGAAGUGUAAAGACUACACUCACACAACCACCACACCUUCAUAGGAAUGACAUGUAUUACGUAAUUACAAAUGUCUGCUCUGAGUGUUGAUUUGUUUACUGGUUGCUGAGGUGGGGCUUGCCACAGGUAUCAAGGGAAGGAGAAAGACAAAUGCAGGGAGUGGAAUCUCCAGCUGUGAUUGUGUGGAGCUCUCUGCCAUAGAUAUUAUAUCUCUGUAAGUUUACUCCUGUUUUUCUUAUGUCUUAUAUGCGGUUAGUCAUUGUGAAAGUAACAAUUUUGGGUGUAGUAUUGCUUUUCUGUGUGUGUGUUAACUGCAGCGUAGCUCGUGAUUAAUAGUUAAGAUAUAUGAGUUUGUUUCUAAAAAGUAACAUAAUGAAAGUACAAUAUAUGAAAUUAAUAGAAGGAAACAUUUCAUUAUCUGAUCCUUAGGUAGCUCUGAUUUUGCCUCGAUUUUCAAUAAAGCUGCCAAUCGGUCAAGGUAGUAUUUUGUUUAUCCAACUUACUCCUCAAAGUAAGUUGUGCUGCGUGUUUUAGGGAUGUUUCCCUACUUUAACACGCCUGAUUCACAUGAAUGUAGUUCAGAAAAAGCCUGUUAAUCAGCUAUCUACUGAAAUCAGGCAUGCAGAAGGAGGAAAACAUCUAAAACAUUUAGAUUCAACUAUACAGAGUCCUGAACAUUGUGCUAUAAUUUGUUUGUUAUGUGAUAAAUUGUGCUUUCAUCUGUAUUGAAAGUGCCAUAUGCCAGUCAAUCUUAUAUAAUAAAUAUUUUUAUGACUGAUUAAAGAACAAGAAGAUAUAACAUAAGCUGAAGAACAUAUAACAUAAACUGGUCAGGAUUGCAAGGCAUCUGCAGUUUUUGUUUUGCUAAAAUAAAGGAAAUAAUUGUUUUUGCAUCAUUGUAAAUUGCAAGUGUUUUAAUCGAUUUUACUUGUAUGUCUUUUGCAGAGAGAUUUUAAAGCCACCUGUGACACUCGCAUACUACAAAGCUUACAGAAACAGGAACUGAGAUUGCUUUGUUCUUGGAACCAAACAGGAACAGAAAUGCCAGCUUUUUAAAGUGAUAACUAUGGGCCAGUCAAAUGAGCAGUACUCCAAGCGGCGGUGGCUUUUAGCUCUUGUGGGACUAUUCAUGUACCUAGGGGACAUUUGCACAGAUACUGCACUGGUUUUUAGAUAUUUUCACGAGAAGCGCUAUGUUUGGAGUGGAUUGACUGCACUGUUUAUAAUCACUGGGCUGACAGUAAACCAGAUCUUCAGCUACGCCUGGUUUUUAGAAGAUAUGCAUAAAAAUGUCAUGGACAGCAAACCAAAGCGACGGUUUUUAGUCCUGCACAUAUUUGGGAUGGGAAUCCUUCUCAGGUCUUACCACCUGCUUGAACAAGGAUACAAAGAGAUUUGGGGACAAGAAGUGUCACACAAUCCAAAGUCUCCGAAUGGACACCUGAAAGAAGAUGAUGAGGAGGGGACCAGCACCUCGCACCACAAUAAACUGCUUAGCGAUGCUGCCGAUCUGAGCAUGUUGAAGCUUUUCGAGACUUUCCUGGAGAGUGCGCCUCAGCUUCUUUUACAGCUUUACAUACGUCAAAGCCAUGAUGAGUGGUCAGUCUUACAGUAUAUGUCUAUGGUCUUCUCUUUCUUUAAUCUGGCAUGGUCUUUGGUGGACUAUCAGAUCUGGCUGCGCAAAUCCCUUCCCCAGAGUCGAGAAUUGCCCUCAGGCCUCCCCACAGUGGUCUACCUGCUCUACAAACUCUUUACCAUCACUAGUCUCAUUCUCAGCUACAGCCUCCUCCUCUUCCUCAGCAUCUACAGCACAGUAGGCUUUACUUCCCUUUGGCUGCUGGGAACAAUAUGGGCCCACCUGCUUCAAACCGACUUCUGCAAUUCAGGUGUCCUUGAACUGCUGUACCGUGGCGUCAUUGGCGCCAUUCUGGUUUUUACCUUUUUUAACGCUAAAGGUCAAAACACCAAACGGGAAAUGACCGUCUAUUACUUUUUUUGGACUGCUAUAAAUUUCUCAACUCCUUUAUUGAUGUUUUUUUUAAAGCCAGAGUUGAAGACAAUUACAUUUUUCUGGGUGGUUAGUGGCGUAAUCUAUGGCGGUUCAUUGCUGGGGCUGAUUUCGCUGGUAUCGUAUUAUCGCUUCCUGCACCCUAAACAGUGUGAGUUAGAUCAGGUGGACGGACAGGAAAAGGAGAAGACACCUUUAACAAAGAGGACAAGGGCAUUCAUAAAACCUUGACUGAGGUUUUUCCCACCAUAUCAUAAAGAAGGGCACUCCACAUCAUAGUGCAGCCACCACCAUGUAUUAUUGUUACAACAUUUCAUGUUUUAGUUGUGUUCAGACUUGUGGCUCAUGAAUGUUAGAUUAGUUUCCAUGUCUUAUAUCAAGAAAUGUGUGAAAAGAUGUGAAAGAAAAAAAGCAAGCACAAGGCGGUGUAGAGUACAGCUAAAAGUUGUUCAGGUUUGAGGAUUUUAGGUUUGAAUUGGGGAGUUUACACAUUAGCACACAACAUGAUUUCCACCAAAAGAAGUCAGAAAUGUUGUCAAUUUUCAGUUGUUUAGAGAUGUAACCGACAUUCUAUGCAGGGAUUUAAAAGCUCUCUUCCUGAAACUCACCACAGUGGAAAAUGACGACUUGUGAAUACCACCCAUCAUGCCACUCAAACUCAAUCUACAGACACUUUUCCCCAUAGCAUGUUCUUUGGUCCUUCAAAGUUAUUUCAAGUUAGUGCUAAUUUGGGGGUGGACUGAAGGUGUGUUAAGAUACCGAUAUACAGCAGGACCCUGGUAUUUGCAAAGUUACAGUGAUGCUUUCAAAGGUUCACAUUAAGAGUGCAAGCUGAAGAAGUGAUGUGGCUUUUAUACUUGAUGUGUACUUCGCUGCAGUAUUCUCUGAAAAUGAUCCCUAAUAGUGCGUUUAUAUAGAUGCCAAUGCAGAUGAACCUACUCACCCUCCAAAUUGUACAGUUUGAGUGAAAGGUGCCACUCGCAAUCGGUGCUGAGGUACAAAAAUUUUUUGACAGCACUUAAGGCCAACUCGACUAUAAACCCAGCUUUAGGAACCAGCAGUCCAUGAAUAACUAAAAUCCAUGAAUACUUGAGACCCUCUCAGAACAGGAUUAUAAUUGAAUUUUUUAAUGUACCUUAAUAUGCAUCAAUAUGCAUAGUGGGAACUGUCUCAGUACUACUGCAGGAGCAAGCAUCCAUGGUCUUUUCUGUUUUCACUCCUGGGCAUACAGCCAAUCAGCACCAAAGAACAUAAACUGUGCUCCUGGUUUGGUUGCUUUGUAAACACCAGCCAAUAGUGUGCCAACUAGCAUUGCACCUAGGUAUUUCAGCUUUCAAUCGUCAUUUUCAUUUAAAAAAUUUAGAUUUGCUAAAUGAAAAUAUCGGCAAAUAGGAAGGUUUUCCACAAACAAGUUAAGGAGUUAUGUUACACCUUCACCUGUUGUGAAGUCUUGAAUGGCUUUUGUACUCUUAAAAAAAUGUAAACUCAUGGUCAGACUGUUUUGAUAGGGGAGAGAUGCGUUUUUGUUUAAUCCCAGUAUUCUCGUUUAUGUGCUUGUUGGGUAGGUUAUUUUGUUGGUAUAUAUUCUGCUUUCUUACGUAGAGUUAUGUAAGUUAAGCUUUUACUUAGACCAACUAGGAGACAUAUCACCUUCAACAGGGACAAUGGCCUUAAACAUAGACCCAGAACUGGAUUAAAACAGUUUAGAUAAAAAAAAAAAAACUUUCAUUCUUAAAUUGCUUUAUCACAUUUCAGACCUACAAAAAUGGCAAUAUUUAAAAAUUAAUCUUCACUGAUACUCUGUAUCCAACCUGAUUGAAAUUGAGCUAUUUUGAUCUAAAUAUGAACACCAAAUAGCUCAGAUUUCUAACUAAAAAAUAUUUUGAAAAUGAUCCGAGUUAGGCGCUCUUACUGUGUUGCCCUUUCUCAUAAGAUCCCAAUAGAAAGAAUUGACACAUGUGGUUGCAAUGUUACAAAAUGUUUUUAAAAAAGUUUGAGUUUGAAUUAAUUUGCAAGACAUUGAACUAGCUCCAAUGUCUUGCUUAAUUUUUUUUUUUGUAUUUUAAAAGUUUUGUGUGUUUUUUUCUAUUCUACAUCGUGAGUUCUUAUUUACAGGACUGUGUUAUCAAAGGCUUGUUCUCUCAAAUAGCAACAGCAGCGCAGGGAUACUUGGGGGUGUUUAUGUUCUUUUCUGAACUGCUAUAUUAUCAACACAAGAUGGCGCCAUUAUCACAAUGGAUUUUUCGAAUAUGCGACGACAUUGAAUCCAGUUAUUCCAAUUUCUUUCUGACUUUGAGUUACCAGCGGUACCUAUUAUGCCGAUUAGCAUAAAUCAAAAGCAGUGAGCAAUGUUGCACUCUGUUAUUUCCUGUUUUGUACUAUGGUUUUUGUACCACAUAUUAGAAUAAAGUUGAUUGAUAGUCAUUCGUUCUGAAGCAAAAUGUUAGGCAUAUUUAGAUGUUGACCACACUCAUCUCAUUGACCUUCAAUUAAUCUUUAAAUAUCCACCAAACUUCUGCAAUUUUUAUCUUUGCAAAAUGAAAGGAUGGAAAUAUCUCUCCAUCUUUCUGAGGAUUUUGGAGACGGUGUGGACACGGAUGAACAAUGAAGAAAUAAUAAACCAGCACUCAUUUUGUUUUGACUACUAGCAAAAUAUUGUCUUGCUAGAAAAUGAAAGAUGCGAUUUAUUUAUUUUUUGUCAUCCAAGGUAGGAUAAGAUAAUAUGCUGGGGAGUUGGUGUGGAGUGGGGACCUGCUGUGUCCUCUAAAGCUCAUGGUUGUGGACUCUCAAAUGAGCACAGCCAUCCUCCCUUCUUUUAAUCCAGCCAAGCUCAGAGCUUUCUGAGCUGUUUAUGCCAAGGGACCCCUUGAACCUUUCCUUUGUUGGUUGCGUUUUGUCUGAAACACUCCAUAAAAUUCAAACUCCCAACAAAUUUAACUGAGGAAGUUUUGUUUUUAAGAGGAAAUUAAUCUCUGCCAGGCUCUUAUUUUAUAGUGAAGCAAUAGUGGAUGUACUGACCCCUGCUUGAGCUCUUUUGGUUUAUUACAUGCAGAAAGCCAGGGUAAUGGUUCAAAACCAUUUUCCAACCCAAUACUGACCUAUAACCUGUACAACUCAAUGGAAAGACAAAUAAUAUGUUCUGGAAGAAAAAAA